AUGUCUGCUGGGGAAAUAAAAUCUAAAGCAAAUCAACAUCAAAAUCAAUCAGCUAGCAAUCAUGGUGAAUCGAUUAAGCAGCGGCGGCGACUUGCCUCACAGCAUCGCGGCGCCGAGCAAGGCCGCCAGGUCGUGGAUCCAGGCCGCCCCGACCAAGGAUCGACACCGCCGGACCCUGGAUCUAGGACGCCCGUCCAUGGACGCGGCGGCGCCCACGGCGAUGUGCAGGCGGCGGUGCGCGGAGGCAGCGGCGGGGAGCGGGAAGGGGUCCUCCGCCGCCAGGAGGAGCACCUCGUCGACCGCCGCGAGGAGCCCUAUGUUGGUGUAGCUCGCCUCGGCGUCUCAGAUGCCCGAGUCGACGCCGGGGGAGCGAGUCCACUGGAGCAGGGCGAGCCGCUCCUCCUCCGCCUGCGUCUUCGGCUCGCCAGACACACCUGCGGGGCAGAUGAGAUCGAGGCCAUCCCAGACCUCGGCUUCAAAGAGGAAGUGGAAGACGGGCGACCGCUCGGGGAGAGAGAGAAGGGGGAGAAGAGGAAGACGGGCGACGCACAGGCGUAG